AUCAGAGAAAUCCAGCAAAAUCUUAUCUCUUUAAAGUCUCCUUCACUGAUUUUUUUCCCACCAAAAAAACUGUAUACCAAAAGUGAAGUUGUAGGAAAGAAGAAAGAAACUAACAAAACAAAAAUGGCAUUAGCAGCAACCUUCCUCUCAACUGCUAACAUCUUCCCUAAUCUCUCAUCAUCAUCCAAUUCAUCAUCACCCACAUUAUCAUCAUCAUCUUCAUCAUCAAUUUCACUCUGCCUUCAAAAAAACAAGAAUUUUAAUUUAUUAGUACCCUUUUGCAAAACAGGAGAGACAGAUUCAUCAUCAUCUACCCCAUGUGUUAGCAAAAGAAGCUUUGCUCUUUCCCUGUCUUCUGCCUUUCUGAUAUCAUUGGCAGGGAAAGGUGUGCCACUUGCCGAGGCGGCCCCGUUGGAAGAUGAGGAUGAUUUGGAGCUCUUGGAGAAGGUAAAGAGGGAUAGGAAGAAGAGGCUUGAAAGACAAGGAGCUAUUAACUCAUCCACUAAGGAAAAAGGGUAUCUGCAAGAUGUCGUGUACAAGUUGAGCGAGGUAGGCCAAGCUAUAGAUAGUAAUGAUCUGAAAGCUGCUAGCUCAGUCCUUGGCGCUAGCACUGACACUGAUUGGAUUAAGAAGGCUAAUUCAGCCUUCACCAAGCUAAGCUUAGACGCCGAGGAGAAGGAAGAAGUUGACAUGUUCAACACCUCAAUCUCGAAGCUGAUAUCAACUGUGGCUCUGAAAGAUGUCGAAUCAUCUAAGGUCGCCUUUGUAUCUUCAGCUAGUGCGUUCGAGAAAUGGACUGCAUUAACAGGACUUAAUGGAGUUCUCAAGGGAAUUUGAAAAAGAAUUUCUGAUUCUGACUGUGUUCGUCUUCUUUUUGAGCGAGAGUUGUAUCCACUUCCCUCUGUUUAAGUGUACACUUCUUACACUAGAUCGGCAACAGUGUUUCUCUGUGAAUUUUGCCAUAUCUAAGGCCAAGCACUAGCAUUCUUUUUGCUUGUAACUAAUCAUCAGUCAUACUAUAGUUGUAAUUUAUCAUUUUCGGAAUUUAUAUAUCAGUUUGAAGAGCA